CCGAGUUUCGAAGGGAAAUGGGGGCGAAUAAACCCUCACACCACUCAUGACUUCCCCAUUCCUCCCUCAAAGCCCUAACCCUAGAUAGUUUCUUUCCUCUCUCUCUUCAUGGUGGAAGAGAGGGAGGCGGAGAAAGGAGGAGAAGAGAGGCAGGCGUCUUCUCUCCCUCCGGGGAAGCGCGUCCUCUCAGCCCCUUCCGCCUCCAACACGAAGAAGACCCGCGACCACCCGGACCUCACCGUCUGCCAUCGCUGCGGUCUCCGCUUCCCUUUCGACAGCCCCCGCGACCGCCUCCUCCCCCUCCGCUCCCAGUGGCGCAUCGUCCUUCUCUGCAAGCCCUGCCUCUCCCUCCUUCGUUCCGCCUGCGCCUGCUCCUACUGCUUCGAACAAGUUGAGCAAGCAUCCUCCUCGUCCUGCCUCGAUUGCCUUCGAUGCUCCCGCCGCGUCCACCGCCACUGCAUUCCGCGGGAGCAGCGCUGCGUCACUGCUCAGCACCUCGAUCCGGCCUCCUUCACCUGCAUCGACUGCUGCGCCAUCCCCAGAUCUCGGAUCGCAGCCCCCACGAUGGCGACGAUGACGACUGCGGCUCAUUCCCCGAGUAUCUCGCUGGAGGAUGCAGUGAUAAACGCGGAGAAGAAGGCCGAGGCAGCUGCCGUGGCCAAGGAGAAUGCUCUGAAGAAGGCUGUGGCUGCCAAGCGGGCCACCGAGCGGGCACGGGAUGCGCUGGGUGCUGUCUUAGUAGAUAAGAAGGGGAGUCCUCAGAAGCCCAGCGCAGAUUCUCUGGUUCCUGAUGAAGAAUUGGCCCUCCAAUUGCAUUUGGCUAUGAAUGGUUCGCAGAGGAUCUCGAGGAGUUCUUCCCGUUUGGGCCGUGGUCCAGCUGACCCCAAGAAGGUACGAGGUGGUGGUGGUGAUUUAAAGUCUUCUGCUGGUAGGGAUGCUGAUUUGGGCGAUCUUAGGGUUUGUGGAAAAGUCGAAUUUUGUACUGAGGAUAAGUCCUUCUUUGACAGUUUGGAGAGAACUGGGAUUGAUUGGGGUUCUGAUGGACCGGAGAAGACGAAUGUAGGUGAUAGAAAUGGUAAUGAUGGUGUAGGAGUUAAGCACGGUAAUGGUUCAUUUUCUGACUUGAACGACCAUGUGCUUCCAUCAGGGUGCAGAAAAAAUGGUACGGAAAAUUCAUCUGAAUUGCAGCAAAAGAAGGUUAGUACUCCUGACCGGUACUUGAAGAAAUACAGCAAGAGAAACUCAAGAUUGAAAGGAGCUGUCAAUAGGAAUGUCAGUCAGCUAGUCCCUUGUAACCAGAUAAGUGGUUAGGUGGACAUUCACGGUUGCCCAUAUCACUCCCAUAAAGCUCCUGUAAAUUCUUUGACAAAUGCAAGUGUCCUGUUAGGGAGCCAAGUAUGAUGGGAAGAGAAUUUUUCAGUGGACAAAGGAACAAUGCAUCUGCGAAGCUUCUAUUGGUGCAGAGCAUUGAAAUUUUGAAUAGACCUGAACUGAUCGUGCAGCCUGAAUGAAUAUAGCGUCAAGCUCUCAGGUCUGUCCAUUGACAUCUUUUGUGGCUCAUUCAUGCGUAAUGUCAGCGAUGUAGUUAUGCCUCUGGGCUGUACUGCAAGCUAUUUGACACGAUACAACCGAGCGUUUUCUUACAAGUAAGAAGCAUCAAAGGAUCAGUUGUUUAGAAGCUGCUGCAGAUCUAGAGAACACUGUGGGGAAGAUUGCGUUUUGGUUCUCCUUAGUCUCUGCACAAAGUGCCUCUACUUGGAUCACGUUUAUGGUGGCCGGUUUAAAAUCGGAGUUCGGAUAGGAUCUUCAGCGUACAUCAUUAUCUCAUCCGUCCGAUCUUAAGCGUGGGAGCUGGACGUAAUAAUGGAUAUUUAUUAAGGUAAGCUAGUGUUGGUGGAUGCGAUCUUAGGCGUGGGAGCUGGACGUAAUAGUGGAUAUUUAUUAAGGUAAGCUAGUGCUGGUGGAUGCUGAAAAUGAUGGAUGGGUGGGGAAGGAGGCUUGUGAGAUGGUGCUGACAGUGGUGGUGGAAAUUUGGAGUAUUGGGCCGGUGAUGGGAGGUAAAAAAGGUGGAUGGGUGGCGAAGGCGGCUAGGAGGAUGGUCUCGGCUUUGGUUGCUGCAGUGGAGUACUGUGUUUUCUGCAUUGGAGGGGGACGAUGAGCGUAGGAUGGUGGAGUUGGUUGUGGUGGUAAUUUUGGGAGGAGACAGCCAGAUAGGUGAGAUGGUGUUGGAGAUGGCAAUGGUUGUAGAGUUGGUGUGGAUUUGUGGCAGUUUGCAGUGAUGAAUAUGCUAGGUGGUGGUGAUGGCAGUGGCGGCAACGACGAGAGGUGGUAGGAUGGGCCGUGCUGCUUUGAUGAUGGAUGGGGUACGGUGGUGUUUUGGCUGGUGAUGAUAUGGGUGCUCUGGCGUUGGUGGUGGUGUCAGUGGUGGCGACGGCGGAUGGUGGUCGGAUGCAGGGUAGAAGCCCGAGGAGUCCUUGUGACAGGUGGAGAGAGGGAGUGGUGUGAAAGCAUGGUUCAAAAGAUAUGCAACGGGAAAUAAUUUUAAAGAUUUUUAACUGUGCGUCUAAGAAAGACAGAUGUUUGCAAAUUAAUGUUUGAAUAAUCAUGCAACAUAACUGUUCAACGACACGUGGCCUCCAAUCUUUGUACUGGUAUCGAGUCCUGAAAAAUCGGAU